ACCAAAAUAUCAAAACUAUAAAAUGUUGUAUAUCACUAUAUUAUUAUAUCAGAUGAAUCUUUAGAACUGUGGUAUCAUGUCUGUAUUAUUUUAUUUAAGGAAUGAUGUGAAUGUAUUGGGAUUAGAAAACAAACAAGAAUAUGUUUUUAUUACUCAGCGAUCCGUAAAAUGGGUUACAAAAUAUAUAUGGUGGCGUCUUUGGUGCACUCAUUUUUUUGGGUGCAUUCAGUGCACUCACUUUGUAACCGUCAUUUUAAACAUGUGAUUUAUGUCCAAAUGAUGUCAAUCAUCACUUAUGAUGUGAUGAACAAUAACGUACAUGAAUUUACACAAAAACCAUUAAAGAUUUACUUUAAUUUGAAGGAUUUAGAGUUUAGAGAAUUAUGGUUAUGGUUAGGGUUUAUAAUUUGGGGUUUAGGGAUAGAUAUCAAAAUUGGAGGUCUAGGGCUUAGGGUAAUCCGCUAAUUAGUUGUUAUCAUAUGUUAUAUCAUCAUAUUAUAGUAAUUCUACAAAUUAAAAUUCAAAAUCCGACACUUUAAGACUAGUUUUUGAGUUGGGUGCAUUGAACGCACUCAUUUUUGUGAAUUGGAGGUCUAGGACUUAGGAUAAUCCGCUAAUUAGUUGUUAUCAUAUGUUAUAUCAUCGUAUUACAGUAAUUCUACAAAUUAAAAUUCAAAAUCCGACACUUUAAGACUAGUUUUUGAGUUGGGUGCAUUGAACGCACUCAUUUUUGUGAAUUGGAGGUCUAGGACUUAGGGUAAUCCGCUAAUUAGUUGUUAUCAUAUGUUAUAUCAUCAUAUUACAGUAAUUCUACAAAUUAAAAUUCAAAAUCCGACACUAGUUUUUGAGUUGGGUGCAUUGAACGCACUCAUUUUUGUGAGUGCACCGAAGUAGUCACCAUGUAUAUAUUUCAAUAUGUUAUUUCUCACUUAGAGGGGCUGAAAUAUCUAUUUUAGGGGGCAUUGCCCGUUUCGUAUCAACUCAAGUUCUUCAACCAGUAUGUGAAAAAACUGAGAACUCUAGUGGGAGAGCAGAGAUCCGACGACAUCAUCAAAAACAGCCUUUAUGUGAUAUCAUUGGGCAACAACGACAUCGGACUUACCUAUUUCCUUAGGAAGAAGAAGUCCGAUAUGGCUUCAUACUCGUCUUUUCUGGUCAGUCAGGCUUCCGCAACUCUCAGACAGUUGUAUGGACUCGGAGUUAGCAAUAUCGUCCACCUAAGUACAAUAGUGACGGGUUGUGUCCCAGCAUCUCGAACGUUGUUCGGCGGGGUACGAAGGCAAUGCAACAAUGAGUCCAACGAGCUAGCAAUGAUGUACAACAAGAAACUCAGCUACGAAAUUGAACGCUUGAACAAUGACGUUCGUCUUCCUAACUUGAGCAUCGUGUUUGUGGAUGUUUACUAUCCUCUGUUCAAUAUGAUUAGGUAUCCUGAAAAUUACGGGUUUGCUAUUACGAAGAAAGCGUGUUGCGGGACAGGCACGGUUGAGUUUGGAAUUCUUUGCAACCCAUUGACUCCUACUUGUACCAAUAUUUCAAAGUACAUCUUUUGGGAUGGUGCUCAUCCCACAGAAAAGACUUAUAAGAUCAUAUUCUCGAAAAUUGGGAAGUCCGUCGAUAAGUUACUACGAAAUCAAUUGUAAUCCAGGGGUUCGUUCGGAUGAGGAGUUUUCAAUUGAGAGAUUUAUCAGGAAUUUGAGCCCAAAUCCCUAAUUUAAAUUCAAAAUAAUUUUAAUGAGAUAUUUGUACCAAUAUACUUGUUUUUUUAUAUGUAGAAUUUGGACCUCAAUUAUAAAAGAAAAAAUCGACCUCAUCUUCUUCUCCCUCUUCUUCGAUCUCCACAGAAAUCCCAACUAAAAAGUAAAAACGCAGAUAACCUGCAAUUGUUCUUUCAUGCGAAUCUCCAGUGACCUUCGAUGUCCUGGCCAUCCGCACUAGUCUCACGUUUCAUCAUCAUUCUCCAGUGUUGUUGCCAUUCUCUGGCAUCGACAGUGGCGGACUCAGAAAUUUUUCGUAGGGGUGUCCUCUUUUAAAAAAUAAAUUUAGUAAAAAUAAAAAUAAAAUAAUUAAUAAAAAUAAAAUUGUAAAUUAGAAAAUACCUUACUCGUACAGGUUAAAAAAGUCAAUUAUAUGUUCUCAUAUUGUGAAAUAAUUGUAGAAUACACUUGGUGUUUACAGUGUUAAAAAUAUUGUCUCUAUAUACUCUACUAGACAAUCAGUCACGAACUUAUCGCAUAUUCGAUUUGUAAGCUUGUUCUUGAUGUAACCCAAAGCUGAAAGAAUCUUUCAACACUUGUCGUACAACCAUAAAAUCAAUACAAAUUAAGGGUAGGUUGAAAUUAGUUUAAUUGCUAUGUUUUGAAAAUAAUUAGAAAUAGGGAAUGACAUUUUACUAUGAUUACAAUGUUCAAAAUCAAACAACAAAUGAGUUGUAGUUUAAUGGAAAUUAAGUUUGUUAAUAAUAAUAGUGCUCUAGGUUUGAAUUACCCAACCUAUCACUUAUAUUCCCAUACACAAAUUUAAAAAAUGACAUUAGAAUAAUCAUUUUUUCAAAUUUUAGAGGUGUCCCUCACUACCAAUUAUAAAUUUUUUACCCAUACGUAAAUUACUACCGUGAGUUAAAUAAUCGUUUCUCCAAAUUUUAGGGGUAUUCCGAGACACCCCCUAAACCUCCACGCGUUCGCCCCUUUCGACACUACUGUCUUCACCACUCUCUAGCGUCCUCACAUAAGAUACACGCACAGGGCUGAUCGCCAUCACAAACAGACGCUCGACAAAACUUCCAAAUGGAGAUGAGAUAGAAGCAUCUCACCGACGAACCUAUUAACUUAGCUUAUAGGAUAGGAAUUGAAACGGACAAUGAUCGAAACAGAAACGGAGAACACACAGGUUUACGUGGUUUCCUUGAUCAGUGUGAUCAAGACUAGUCCACGGCCGAAGCGAUCAAUAUUAUUAUUCACUUAGCUGCCGAUCAUGUUCAUGAUACAUGUAUAUAUAUUAACCUAACCCUAGCUGAGGUAUGAGAGGGUUCGGCCAGAGUAGGGAUCUUCCUAGACUAGGCCUACUACUAUACAAUGGGCUAAAGCCCAUCCGAAUAUACAUAACUCAACAGAACCAAGCAAAUAUCUCGAAAUAUAUGGAGAUAAAUAGAAAAGAAAACCCUUAGUAGAACGUCAGCGGAUCCAAUCUCAUUGGUUCAGCAGGCGCCGAUUAGGGAGUCGGAAGUAGGGUGCAGAACCUCGUCAUGAUCCACUUGCAGUAUUUUGAAAUCUACUAUGAUUAAAAUCUCUCAUUUUUAUAUUCUUUCCAAACUCAGGAUUAUGGCAAAUCCCGUGAAGAUGAGAGAUUGUGACAAGAUCAUGCACCACAAUCCCAUCCAAAAGACUUUUAGUGUUUUUUUCUUCUAUAUAUUUGUAUGUUGGAUUUUAGAUUUGUUUAAUUUACAUCGAGUAAAAAAAUUAAAUAUAUUAAGUUGCCUUAUGUUCAUUUCUACUGUUAUUUUCUUCCAUUCAAUGGAAACAAAUUACGGUUAUUAUA